UGUAGAGGCCGUUAAAGCUCCUGGUAUAAAAGCCAGGCCAACAGGCUAACUACUCGCAAUCCAAGCUGCACCUUCGUCCGCGCCACAACUACCAGCAGGCCAUCAAAAACCUCCGGAAGAGAAAAUAUCCGUCAACAUGAAAGCCUCGCUAGCCAUUGUGUUUUGCGUGAUUGCCGGUCUGGCAGCCGCCGCUCCCGAGAAGCAGUACACCAACAAGUUCGACAACGUCAACGUGGACGAUGUCCUGGGCAACAACCGGGUGCUGAACAACUACCUCAAGUGCCUGAUGGAGAAGGGUCCGUGCACGCCGGAGGGCCGCGAGCUGAAGCGCCUCCUGCCCGACGCCCUGCAGUCCGACUGCUCCAAGUGCACCGAAACCCAGCGCCGCAACUCGCAGAAGGUGAUCAACUUUCUGCGCACCAACAAGCCCGCAGAGUGGAAACUGCUGCUGGACAAGUACGACGCAAAGGGCAUCUACAGGGCCAAGCACGAGGGCCACUAAGCUUUCAGUAGCUCCUCAUCCACAGCUACCAGCUACCAGCUACCGGCUAACAGUUACAUGCACUCAUUUCACAUGAACCUAAUUUAAAUCAGAAAUCCACAGUAAAGAUUUUAGUUUUUUAUACCUAAA